AAGAAGGAGGGGGAUCCUGGCUGAGCUCUUCCUGUUGUGGUAACCACGCGCACUCAAUCUCUCACUGCAGCACUUGCUACAGCAGCGGCAGCGAUUGGCUUCUUCCUACCCUCCCUGCCUCUCUGUCUCCCUGCCUCUCUGUCUCUGCCUCUCUGCUUCACUCUCCCUCUCUCUCUCUCUCUCUCUCUGGCUGAAGGACCUGUGGUCAGCACAGCGGCUCACGCUCUCUCUGUACGAAGGGGACACCGGCCGGAUCCUCCCUCAGAGUUUCUGCAUGACUGUCACAAAGAUGUCAUGGCGUCCGACGUACCGAAGCUCAAAGUUUCGAAAUGUGUACGGCAAAGUGGGCAGCAGGGAGCACUGCUUCGAUGGCAUCCCCAUCACCAAAAAUGUCCAUGACAACCACUUCUGUGCUGUUAAUGCCAAGUUCCUGGCCAUCGUCACAGAGAGUGCUGGUGGAGGGUCCUUCCUCGUCAUCCCCAUCACCCAGUCAGGUCGAAUCGAGCCCCAUCACCCUAAAGUGUGCGGCCACCAAGGCAAUGUCCUGGACAUCAAGUGGAACCCAUUCAUCGACAACAUCAUAGCCUCCUGCUCCGAGGAUUCUUCAGUGCGGAUAUGGGAGAUCCCGGAGGGCGGGCUGAAGCGGAACAUGUCCGAGGCGGUUCUGGAGCUGUACGGACACAGCCGGCGCGUGGGCCUGAUCGAGUGGCACCCCACCAGCAGCGGCAUCAUCUUCAGCGCCGGCUACGACUACAAGAUCCUGAUUUGGAACCUGGAGAUUGGCGAGCCGGUGAAGAUGAUUGACUGCCACUCGGACGUUGUCAUCUGCAUGUCCUUCAACACUGACGGCAGCCUGCUGGCCACCACCUGCAAGGACAAGAAGCUGCGCGUGAUUGAGCCACGGUCCGGCAGGGUGCUGCAGGAAGCGAACUGUAAGAACCACAAGGUGAACAGAGUUGUGUUUUUGGGCAACAUGAAGCGUUUGCUGACAACAGGGGUGUCACGAUGGAACACCAGACAGAUUGCACUGUGGGAUCAGGAGGACCUCUCUAUGCCCAUCAUAGAGGAGGAGAUUGAUGGGCUCUCUGGGCUUCUCUUCCCCUUCUAUGAUGCGGACACACACAUGCUCUACCUGGCAGGCAAGGGAGAUGGGAAUAUCCGAUACUAUGAGAUCAGCACGGAGAAGCCCUACCUGCAGUACCUGAUGGAAUUCAGGUCCCCAGCCCCACAGAAGGGACUUGGAGUGAUGCCAAAGCACGGGCUGGACGUGGGCGCUUGCGAGGUCUUCCGAUUCUACAAGCUGGUAACGCUGAAGGGGCUGAUCGAGCCCAUCUCCAUGAUUGUGCCGAGGCGGUCAGAGACGUACCAGGAGGACAUCUACCCAAUGACUCCAGGCAAGGAGCCGGCGCUCACUGCCGAUGAGUGGCUGAGCGGGAUCAACAGAGACCCCGUGCUCAUGUCCUUAAAGGAGGGCUACCAGCGGUCCACUCAGCUGGUCUUCAAAGCGCCGGUGAAGGAGAAGAAGAGCGUUGUGGUCAACGGCAUCGACCUGCUGGAGAACGUGCCGCCCAGGACAGAGAACGAGCUCCUGCGGAUGUUCUUCCGGCAGCAGGAUGAACUGCGGCGUCUGAAGGACGAGCUCGCACAGAAAGACGUUCGAAUCCGACAGCUGGAGCUGGAACUCAACAACCUGAAGAACGCCCCCAACAACAUGUGACCCCUGACCUUUCUCCCGCCCCCAAUCCCAAUCUCUUUACAACCUCCCACCACCACCCCACAGAGCCACGCGGACUCUAGAGGGAGACAGUCCACAGCAUUUCAAAUUCCCCUCCCCCCUCCAAAAAGAAAAAAAGUCUUGCUGAGCUUCCAUCACUGCCAAAACCAGCCGCACAUGCCCCCUCCCCCACAGCAACUGCCCACCCCCCACACGCGGCUGUAUCAACAAUGGCUGCCCUCAGCCACACGCAGAACCAAGAACAAAACUGUUCCCCUGCCCCUCGCUGCACCCCGGUCUGGUAGCCUGGCUCUUCAGCGCAAGCAGACACAGCCCACCAAAAUCCCUCUCUACAGGAGUGGAGUUUGCCAGCAGUUUGCUUAUGGGCAAGAGUGAGAACUGUGCUUAGCUGUGACAUCAGGGGAAUCAAAUGGCCUCUUCCACCUUCUUUUCUACCAAUGCAUUGACUGUGAAAAUGUUCACAAGUAUAAAUCUAGGUAUGUACAGUCAACUGGUGUACAACUACUCCAGCUCAAUGAUGCAGGCAAUUCACCUGGUACUGUUAUUUUUUUCCUUCUCACACAUUUUUUGAAUAUUGAUUAUUUUAUUUAUUCCAUUGUGUUUAACCAUUUAACUCACUUCACUUUGGCUUUGCUGUUAAUGCCAAAUGUUUGUUCUGUUCCUCGUCGAAUCCGCUCCCUAACUCCUUGUUCACAGUAAUACCAUUAGACACGUAGUUGAGAACAUGUACAGCGUCAGUGUUUUGAGGGCAGUGUCUGUCUGCAUGUAACCACAAAAGAAGCUAUUUCAGCCCAAAAGGUGGCGGAGACGCUGCCUUGGCCCUGCCUGCUUUGUUGUUGUUGGUGGGAAGACGGGGGGUUUAGUGGGAAAGCGACGACAGGACUACAAAGGUCAGACAGCUGUGUGAGCUUUGCGACAUUCGCUCACUGGGGGAAAAUGUGCUUCCGCCAUUGUGGAAUCACGGCGCUGAGACCCCGCGCCCCACCACGGAAGAAAACGUUAACGCUGCCUCUCUCCUGACUUUGUUUCCAGUAGCACCAACUUGUUCACGUUUUCUUGUUCUUUUUAUGCGUCUAUGUGCCUAUGAGCCUCUUUGCAACCCAAGGUAGCAGGCUAUGCCAGUACUAGAUGCACCUGUGUGACAUUUCCUGCAGAUUUUCUAUACCUACUUGCUUAUGUAUCCAUAAUGGUGAAGUCUGUGAGUCUACUACGACACUAAGGCAUUAGUAGCAUCAUGUUAUGCUCCUCUGAAUUACAGCAUGCUAGAGGGUGAUCAAGCAGGGAAGCUCACUGAUGCAGGGGAGAGCAGACUCCCAGCACAUUCCAAUAAUAGUUCACCUGGAAUGCGGUGCAGUGUCCUGGUGCAGAGUGGCAGGGUCAAAGAGGGCAGCCUGGUGGAGGUCAUUCUCCUCAGCUGCUGAGAUAUAACAGGAACAAAUGGGAAGCCAGAAGAGUGGGUGUGGCCUGGGAAGAGAGGCGAGAGAUGAUUGGUAAGAAGGCUGCAGCACGUGGGAAUGGGUACGAGAAUGCUGGGGCAAACGGUGGGGAUGCUGCAAUUCACACAACAGUGCAUCUCAAAAAUUACUUCCUGAGCAGCGCGUCCGACACUGCGCUUCAUAAAACAGUGCGUCUCAAACCACGCUUCACGAACAAUGCGUCACGGCUGUCAUGUACCGCGAGCUGUGAGUCUGAAUUCAUGCCUAAUUAGCAGCGGGUCUGGGUCACAAAUCUUGACUCUCAGCAAUGGUUUCACUUCAGUUAGCAAACAGAGCUUAGCUAGCAAACCCAGCCAGCGAGCCACUAAUUUCACAUGUUACUCAGCCCUCAAGAACUUAAUUUGGAAUGUUCUAGAAUGUUAUCUUUCAAUAUCGCAUAGAACAUAAUAAUGAACAGUUGUAAGAUGCUAUGAGAGAGUUAUAACACAUCUGGAGUCUUUAAAGGUACACAGAGUCUCCAAAAUAUAUUUUUCACCUGAACUCUAAGUUUAGGGUUAUAUAAAGUAUUAUUUUUCUUUUAUGUAUGAAUUACUUUGCAGUUAGCUCUCUGGCUUUUAGUACACAGAUGGUUUGAAUCAAAAUGCUGGGGACAUGCUCCUAGGCAGAGCUUAGAAAACAGUGGACUAGGGACAGCAUCAGUAUCUUAUCUCUUGUUUCAGAGUAUUGGGUUUAUGGGGCAUACAAGCAGUUCUUGGAAGCUUGGUAAAUCUGCCCCAAAGACAUUUGUUUAACUCCGGAAGGAAAGUGCACUUGAGAGUCCACAUUUCCAAGGUAAUGAAGUGACUGAGGGUCUCUUGACAUGAAUGUGCAUACUGUGGGCCAGUUUGGUCUCAUCUGCUGUAAACUCAGAGGUGAGAAUCAACCAAUCAACCCCCCUCCAAACAACACAGUGACAUGCCAUAUAUAAAAAAAUCCCUUUGAUUUUAAAAUUUAAAAAAGAUUAUCCAGGUUCUCAAGCGCAGUAAAUGCAGGUUUUUGUGCAGGUGAAGGGGAGUGUAUAGUACGUAUGAAAUAAUGGGAGCUUUGCUUGUUGGAUCCUUCAAUAAAGGACUGAAAUGCCUUCUGUGACUAUUCGGUAUAUGACGAGGAAAGCUCGAGGGGACAUGCGUUCUUCUAACACCGGAGGGCGCUGUUCUUCCUGAGACAAAACCACGAUCAAGACCGAGUCGUCCGAAACGAUGGAGAUAAAAUCAUGAUUACUAAACUGCUGACACGGGGUCUCCAUUAUGUCAGCUAUAUACGUGUACGUUGUAAUGCACAUAAACUUGUUUCCUUUUAUUGAGACCGAGACAGAGCCCAAACAAAUUUUGCAAAUCAAGGAAUCCAUUUACCACAAUCUACACCAGAGACAGUAAAGCUCACAUGCACUGACUGGAAUGAAUACAAUAGUAACGUUAAUAAAAGAGACUUCCGA